AUGGUCAUUGCCACGGUGAUUGUUGGUGGCUACAACCUCAAACUGGGUGUGAUUGUUGCCAUGACUCCCAGUCUCAGUAAUGAUAUAAGAGCAUGUUCCCUGGAAAUGAGCCAGGGCGCCAUCAAAGGUGAUGUAAUGUGGGUCUCCCCAGACAGUGCAGGUGGACAUCCCAUCAUAACAGCCCAGCUGGCCAUUCCUGACGGUGCACUGCUGUGCAGGAGUGCAGGAUGCAGCGGCACAAUAAAACGAGUGAAGCAGUGCAGCUGCACCGUGGCUAAAGCGCGUAGCAUCGGCAAAAAUGCAGACUGGCAUUUCACCAGCGCCGAUGUGGUGAAGAGUGUGGAGAUGCAUUCGUCCACUAAAGGGAGCAAAUUGGACAAGGGGUAUAAAUUGUUCCAUGAAGAGUUUAUCCACAAUUACCAAGCUGGGUCUGCAGGCAGUUCCACCCCCCCUGGCCUGCACGAGUGGCUUGCAAAGAUGGCACAGACCAAGAACACAGGUCUGAGGUCCACACUGUACAAGGCAUAUACAGGACCACUGCCAGAUCCAGAUAUGAUGGCAUCUGGAAGCAAAUUAAGCCAGGUGCAGCCCCAAUCUCUCAUGGCUGUUGUAUUGGAUGGGGUUUCUGAAAUGGAGCUGUCGCCAUCCAUAUUUGGGUCUGUCCCUCGUGGAUCCCCCAUGUCCUAUCACUGUCCACCCAAGAAGUCGAGUGACCUCCUCCUACACCACAUGGCUCCAGAAUUUCCCUCCCUUCCUGUGAUGCAGCACACUUUUCCCAGGUUGCAUUUCGUCCCGACCUUGCAUCAGUUAAUGCAUCUCCAGUCUCUAGAAGUGUCACCACAGCUGUCCUGCGAGAUAGCAAAAGAAACUCAGCAGCAAUCCAAAUGUCCUGCGUGGACACAGCUACGGCGACCAAGGCUGACCGCUAGUCUAUUUUGGGAUGCUUGUUGUAGUCGGGCGUGUCGUGCAGAGCUGGAGUCUGCAGCUAUUCGGAUGAUCAGAGGCUCCACAAAGCAAACAGCUGCAAUGAAGCGUGGUCUCCUAGUGGAGUCUGAAGUGCUGGCAAACUAUGCUGCACUUUUGAGAGUUAACGUUUUACCAGCAGGAUUUUUCAUUCACCCUGACGCACCACAUCUCGGGGCCAGUCCAGACGGUCGUGUGUAUGACCCUUCAGAGUCGCCUCCUUUUGGCUUGGUUGAGGUGAAGAGCAGCACAAAAAAUGAUCCAUCACAGGUUGCUCACCUCAAGGUGCAGGAAGGCCACGCCAGUCUGAGGCGUUCACAUAAGUACUAUUGGCAGGUUCAGGGCCAGCUGGCAAUCACAGGACUGACAUGGUGUGAUUUUGUUACAGAUACCCUAUCAACGAUAACUGUGGAAAGAAUUUGGCGUGAUGACUCAUUCAUAGCAGAAAUGAAAGAGAAAUUGGAUUUAUAUUAUUAUGGCACAUACAUGAAUGCAUACCUUGAAUUACAAUAAUCUUGUAUUUAACAAUCAGUUCA